GGGCAGUCUGUACUCUCAUGGGCACAGGACAGGUGUAGACUCUGGAGCUUUGCAACCAGCAAAUGGAGAGAAAGUGCUAAAGAGAGAGGGAGGGAGAGGAGGAGGAGAGAGAGGAGGAGGGAAGUCCCUUCUCCAACUCAAGAUCCACAUCAGCUCAGUCUGCUUUUCCACAGCCUUCACUCCAGCUGCCCUUUGAUUAAAAGGCGAUCCAGUGAAGUCAACCUUGGUUCUGGUCACACUCCAUCCUGCAUCUCCACUCUCUUGCUGGUUACCCCUAUAUCCAAUUUGUUGGACUAGCGGACUGGAUGUUUCACUUAGGAACUUUGGAUCCAGGAUGUUAGGUAUUGUUAAAAUGGAAGGACAUGAAACGACAGACUGGAGCAACUAUUACCAGGAGACUCAAGAGGCUUAUUCUUCUGUCCCCGUCAACAACAUGACCCAAGGGCUGGCAACUAUGAAUAGCUACAUGACUAUGAAUCCCAUGAGCUCCAGUGGCAAUAUGGCACAAAGCUCUUUCAAUAUGUCUUAUGCCAAUUCGGGGCUAGCAGCUGGUUUGAGCCCAAGUGGAAUGUCAGGGAUGGGUUCUGGAACCACCAGUGGAAUGAACGGUAUGGGCUCAGGGGUUCCAUCCAUGGGAACUGCGUUAAGUCCCACCAACAUGAACGCUAUGUCUGCUCAGCAAGCGUCAAUGAACAGCCUGAGUCCUUAUUCCAGUAUGAAUCCAGGGAUGAGCCCAAUGGCCUAUGCUCCCUCCAACAUCAACAGGACCAGGGACACCAAAACCUUCAGGAGAAGUUACCCUCAUGCCAAACCCCCUUACUCGUACAUUUCACUAAUUACCAUGGCCAUUCAGCAGGCACCAAGCAAGAUGCUGACCCUAAGCGAGAUCUACCAGUGGAUCAUGGACCUCUUUCCCUACUACAGGCAGAACCAGCAGAGGUGGCAGAACUCCAUCAGACAUUCUUUGUCCUUCAAUGACUGCUUCGUUAAGGUGGCUCGGUCCCCAGAUAAGCCUGGUAAAGGCUCCUACUGGACCUUACACCCCGAUUCUGGAAACAUGUUUGAGAAUGGUUGUUAUCUCCGCAGACAGAAGCGUUUUAAAUGCGAGAAGCAACAAGGAGGGAAGGGCUCUCAAGACGGCAGGAAAGACCACUCGACCCCUUCUUCACCCAUACACCGAGGGCACAGUAAGUCCAACCAAAUGGACAGCAGCUCUUCCAUGUCCAACCCAUCCAACAGCCCUCAGUCUUUAGAGCAUAAUGGUCCAAAUGGCGAGAUGAAGCCACAGGUGACAGCUGGUCCAUCUCCUCUAUCUUCUCAUCCUGCUCAUUUGACCCAUGAGUCCCAUAUACACCUGAAAGGAGACCCCCAUUAUGCUUUCAACCACCCUUUCUCCAUCAACAACUUAAUGUCUUCUUCUGAACAGCAGCACAAACUGGACUUUAAAGCUUAUGAACAGGCUCUGCAGCAGUAUUCUUAUGGGGGAACACUUCCUGCUAUGCAGCUAGGCAGUUCCCCGAUGGCUGGGAGGGGAGGCAUUGAGCCCUCUGCACUAGAACCCACAUACUACCAGGGAGUGUACCCCAGACCAGUUCUAAACACCUCAUAACCCGCUUUCAAACUGUACCCGGACGUAAAACGAGUCAAUACAGUCGAAAAGUUAUGCAUUUUUUUUGAAUGAGGACUGUUACUCUAUUAUUACAUUGAAACAGAUAAUUAUGUUUUUUUUUUUAAAGACAUGGAAAAAAUAUGCAGAUUUAGUGAUCUUUCGAUGUAAGAAUAUACAGAGGUCAACUGAGCUGCAGCGAUGUAUUUAAAAAUGUGUAUCUUGUAUAUAUUACUAAAUGUUUAUUAAUUUCACUAGGGCAAGUUUACAAGAGUAUUUUUUUUGCAGUAAAACCAAGCUGUGUUAAGGAAUUAAUGGAUGAAGUAUGAUCACACACUAUAUA